AUGGAGUCCCGCGCCGUCGUCGUCCAAGGCACCACGGCGCCGCUGCUCCCGUACGCCUACGCGCCGCUGCCGUCCUCUGCCGACGACGCCCGUGAAAACCAGAGUAGCGGCGGCGGUGUGAGGUGGCGCGCGUGCGCGGCCUCGGCCCUGGUGGUGCUGCUGGUCGUCGUCGGCUUCUUCGCGGGUGGCAGGGUGGAUCUGGGUCAGGACGGCGAGGUGUCUGCGACUUCUUCGGUUCCUGGGAGCAGCAGGGGCAAGGAUUCCGGCGUGUCGGAGAAGGAGUCGCCCGCCGACGGCGGCUUCCCGUGGAGCAACGCCAUGCUGCAGUGGCAGCACACCGGGUUCCAUUUCCAGCCACUCAAGCACUACAUGAACGAUCCCAACGGUCCGGUCUACUAUGGCGGAUGGUACCACCUCUUCUACCAGCACAACCCCUAUGGCGACUCGUGGGGAAACGUAUCUUGGGGACAUGCCGUGUCCAAGGACCUGGUGAACUGGCGCCACCUCCCGGUCGCCUUGGUGCCCGACCAGUGGUACGACAUCAACGGCGUCCUGACGGGCUCUAUCACAGUGCUCCCAGACGGGCGUGUCAUCCUGCUAUACACGGGGAACACCGACACCUUUUCGCAGGUCCAGUGCCUUGCAGUGCCCGCCGACCCAUCUGACCCGCUCCUUCGUAGCUGGAUCAAGCACCCCGCCAACCCCAUCCUCUUCCCGCCACCUGGGAUCGGGCUCAAGGACUUUCGUGACCCGCUCACGGCCUGGUUCGAACAUUCCGACAACACGUGGCGCACCAUCAUCGGAUCCAAGGAUGAUGACGGCCACGCUGGCAUCGUCCUUAGCUACAAGACCACCGACUUUGUGAAUUAUGAGCUCAUGCCAGGGAACAUGCAUCGUGGCCCUGACGGCACCGGCAUGUACGAGUGCCUUGACAUCUACCCUGUGGGCGGCAACUCAUCCGAGAUGUUGGGUGGCGACUCCUCGCCGGAGGUGUUGUUCGUGCUCAAGGAGAGCGCCAACGACGAGUGGCACGACUACUACGCGCUUGGGUGGUUCGACGCCGCCGCCAACACGUGGACGCCACAGGACCCCGAGGCGGACCUUGGGAUCGGCCUCAGAUACGACUGGGGCAAGUACUACGCGUCCAAGUCCUUCUACGACCCGAUCAAGAACCGGCGCGUCGUUUGGGCGUUCGUCGGCGAGACCGACUCUGAGCAGGCCGACAAAGCCAAGGGAUGGGCGUCCCUCAUGUCGAUUCCGAGGACGGUGGAGCUUGACAAGAAGACCCGGACGAACCUCAUCCAAUGGCCAGUGGAGGAGAUCGAGACCCUUCGCAGGAACGCCACAGACCUCGGUGGCAUCACCGUUGAAGCCGGCUCUGUCAUUCACCUUCCCCUCCAACAAGGCGCGCAGCUUGACAUCGAGGCCUCCUUCCGCCUCAACUCUUCGGACAUGGAUGCACUCAACGAGGCCGACGUCGGCUUCAACUGCAGUAGCAGCGCUGGGGCAGCCGUGCGUGGCGCGCUCGGCCCCUUUGGCCUCCUCGUCUUCGCCGACGGUCGCCACGAACAGACGGCGGCGUACUUCUACGUGUCCAAGGGCCUCGACGGCAGCCUCCUGACGCACUACUGCCACGACGAGUCGCGGUCGACGCGAGCAAAGGACGUCGUGAGCCGGGUGGUUGGCGGCACUGUGCCAGUGCUUGACGGUGAAACCUUUUCAGUGAGGGUGCUAGUGGACCACUCCAUCGUGCAGAGCUUCGUGAUGGGUGGGAGGACCACAGUGACAUCGCGGGCAUACCCGACGGAGGCCAUCUACGCCGCGGCAGGGGUGUACCUGUUCAACAACGCAACGAGCGCCACCAUCACCACCGAGGGGCUCGUCGUGUACGAGAUGGCCUCGGCCGAGAGUCGGGCCUUCUUGGCUGACGACAUGUAGAUGAAAACUAGUGAAGAACAUGUCAAUGGCGAUCGUCAAGCUUGCUGGAUGGGGAUCGUCAGGUAAGGAGAGCAGGUCACAGAGAUCUUCAUUCGCAAGUUCGCGGGCAUGUUGUAGCUAGGGUGGUGCCAUUGCAUGUUGUGGAGGGGCUGACGGUUCUCUUUGGACUGGAUUGCGAUCUGGCCAAGACGGUAGAUCGAGGAAGCCCUCGUCGCCCAUGGCUGGGCAAAGCAGUCUGGACCAGAAGGUGUUGGUUCAUGUCGUUGCACCUGAUGACACGAUGGUGCCCAACGAGGCAUCCUGACUUCCACAUCGUCUCUGCGCAUGUCAUGCUCCUUACUAUCUACCUCUCCCCUUCUGUUAGUUUUGUUGGUCUCGUUCGCUGUCGUCCUACCUGAUGUAGCUCCAAUCUUUGUUGCCGGUGCUUUUUUGUCCCAGUUGUUCAUCCGUAUCUCGCCAAGGUACGGUUAGCUAUAUUGUUUCAAACA